GAAAAAAAAAUGGCGUCACUGGAAACGUCAUCAGCGGUGGUAGCUGGAGGUCUAAUUACAGGUCAUUUUAGCCACCCGCCUUGGGUUACACACGAGAGCUCGGCACAAACCCUGUGAGAGCAAUGUCACCCGCUUCAGUGUCGAGCUCGCAGGUAGCCACUUGAGGAGUUUUUGUAAGGCAUCAAACAAUGACUUUAUAAAGGGGGAUUUGGGGUACGAUGGCCACUGCCAAAAGUGACACAGUAUCCAAGUUUGAGACCUUAAAACUCCUGGAGAAGUGUCAAAAGGAGCGGGACGACGCCGUCCACCGAGAGGGAAUCUUGCGGGACAAACUCCGGCAGUUUGAGUCCAGGCUGCGCUCCACUGAAGCCCUGAAACAGAAGCUCAAGACCCUGCUGGCAGUCAACAAGGAGUUGAAGAAGCAAGUCAAGGCCCUGCGCACGGAGAUCGGCUUGGAGUGCAGCCCCAAGUUCCAUGGAAAGACCACCAAGGACAUUGUCAACGACCUGCACGAGAAGGUGCGCGAGUGCGACGCCUUGAUAGACAAGGCGGCCAAGCUCGGCCUGACUGUGGACGAAUUGACAGCCGACCUGGCCAACACCGUAACGUCCAAGAUCCUGCUGGAGGAGCAGGUCCAGUCUCUGCAGCAGAACCUCAAGGAUAUGACCAACAACCAGCGCCGUCUGCUCAAGCUGUGGGAGGUCAAGAGGGUACAGCAGGAGCAGCAAGCCCUGCCUGCCAUCAUGUUCAAGCCUGAGCAAAAACCCACUUUUACCCAGAAGGCCAUUCAGACGGACAUGUCCAUCAGUGCUUCCCAAAAGCUACCGGUCAACGCCUUUGAGACCAAGAGUGGCCAUACAAAGACCACAUUUGAUAGACAGAGCUUUACCACUUAUCAGGAUAACAAGUCUUUGAUGUAUGAUGAAAGUAAAGGGCUACACAAAUAAUUCAUAUCUAUUAUAGUAAUUUAGAGAAGCAACAUAUUCCCAAUCCAGGAAUGAUUAGUGGCAAAUGCAUUUUGUCUAUAAAUCACAAGCUUAUUGCUUUGAAAAGUCAAGGGUAUCACAACUAAUUAUUACCAAUUUGAAACU